AUGUAUGAGAGGCUGGUGUACAUUUUGUUUGUUUUAAAUAUUCUCUCGGAAGUAGUUAAGUGCACGCACGUUUUUAAACUGGACAAUGAUUUUAGCAAAAUCAAGUCCGACCAGGCCCUUGCUAAUCAGUUGGAGGAGGUGUUGAAGAGACUGAAGACAUUCAAGGUGCCCGUGCACCCGCGCAUCCGGCUGCUAUACACUCUGCUGAAGAAAGGGAUGGCGCAGUACUCCUACAAGACCGCCGACUCGUUCUUUGUGCCGUAUGUGUACACCGCUAAAGGCGAUAAUGAAAUUUGA